UCAACAUUUAUUGGGAAAAGGAGAAAAUGAAUAAACUAAACUUCAGCAAUUGUAUUGACGAAGAAGAACAUUCAUUGAAAUGAAAACCAAGCUUUGAUCAAAAGACAGAUAACUACCACGGCGAAUGCACCGAUGUUUUGUCACUUUACCACAUUCCCACCGGCAAAUCGCCGUCGGCGGCGGACAUUCUAAAACCCUUGGGAGUUUUUUCUUUCAAAAAUUUGCUAUAGAAAUGAUUCGAUAACAAUAGCAGUUCGAUCUCAUUCAGAAUUGCAAUCAAUAGGGAGGGAGAUUUGUCAAUUAAGUAAUGGCUGCACAGAGUCAGAAUAUGGAUCAAUUCGAGGCCUAUUUUCGACGUGCUGAUUUGGAUCAGGAUGGUCGGAUCAGUGGCGCCGAGGCCGUUGCCUUUCUCAAUGACUCUAAUUUGCCCCAACCAGUCCUCGCUCAGAUAUGGACAUAUGCUGACCAAAGUCGUACCGGCUUCCUUAGUCGCCAAGAAUUUUAUAAUGCUCUCAAGCUUGUUACGGUGGCACAAAAACGAGAGUUGACUCCAGAAAUAGUGAAGGCUGCGCUAUUCACGCCAGCUUCAGCCAAAAUUCCUGCUCCCCAAAUAAACCUUGUAGCCAUACCAGGUCCUCAACCAACUUAUAAGGUUAGUUCCGUAGUUCCUCUAGUUAGUGGUGCUACUUCAACAGAAGCUCAAACUUUUGGCGUUAGGAGUCAACAAGGCUUACCAGCUCAGCAAAGUUACAUGAGGCCUCCUACGCCCUCAAAUCCUGAGCCUGGUUUCCAAUCUCAACCAAAUGUUUCUGGUCAAGGAACGCUAGUUGGAAGUACAAUUACAGCUUCUUGCCCUCCCAGUUCCACUGAUUUUCUUCCUGGUCAGAAUGGUGUCUCACAAACAGGUGCCAGAGUCCAAGCUCAUAAUGCAAGUAUCAGUUCUAGAAGCGAGGAUGCAUUUGGUCAUGCGGUAUUGACACCUUCUGCACAACAAACCCACCAAGCAACCAUGCCCUCAAAUCCUAGCCCUGGUUUCCAAUCUCAACCAAAUAUUUCUGGUCAAGGAACACUAGUUGGAAGUACAAUUACAGCUUCUCACCCUCCCAGUUCCACUGAUUUACUUGCUGGUCAGAAUGGGGUCUCACAAGCAGGUGCCAGUAUUCAAGCUCCUAAUGCAAGUAUCAGUUCUAGAAGUCAGGAUGCAUUUGGUCAUGCUGUAUUGACACCUUCUGCACAACAAACCCAACAAGCAACCACGUCAUCAGUGCAACCAGAUCUAUCAAAAUCAAAUGAUGCAACUUUGUCGCAUGGUAACAUGCCUGAUGCCAAGGUUCCUAAAUCUGUUUCAGUCACAGGAAAUGAAUUUCCAUCAGAUUCACUCUUUGGAGAUGUCUUUUCAGUUGCAUUAGUUCAACCAAAGCAAAGCUCAGCACCAACUAUAUCUUCAUCUAGCAACUUAGCAGUUUCAUCAGCCACAGAUCGAGCAUCUGCAGGCUCCAUACCUCCUGUAAAGGCUAACUCAGUUAAUUCACAAACUACACUUCCUCAGCAGCCUGUACACCAGCAUCAGCAUGCUCAUUUUAAUGUGAGACCGAACCAACAGGUCUCAGUGCAGAGUUCUGCUGCAAAUCCUAGUGCAGCUAGAAAUUCUCUGCCUGGCCAGUCUCAGCUUCCGUGGCCAAGGAUUACGCAAUCGGACUAUCAGAAGUACAGCAAAGUAUUUAUGGCAGUGGACACAGACAGGGAUGGAAAAAUUACUGGGGCAGAGGCACGGAGCUUGUUUUUAAGUUGGAAGCUGCCCCGAGAGGUCUUAAAACAGGUGUGGGAUUUAUCAGAUCAAGAUAAUGACAGCAUGCUUUCUUUGAGAGAAUUCUGCAUUGCACUUUACCUGAUGGAACGACACAGGGAAGGCUGCUCUCUUCCUUCAGUUCUUCCAGCUAAUCUUAUCUUUGGCGAGUCACUAUUGCAUGCUUCGGGUGAGCCUGCAGGAUCACAUGGUGCGACAUCUUGGAGAGACACACCAGGUUUCCAGCAAACACAAGGGCAAAGUGGUGCACGACAAGCAGCUUUUGGUGUUCCAAGGAGGCCUCCACGUCCAGUGCCCAUUCCCCAGCCUGAAGAAGCUGUACAGCCUAGUAAACAGAAGCCUACAGUUCCAGUAUUGGAGAAGCAUCUGAUUGACCAACUUAGCACAGAGGAGCAGGAUUCCUUGAACACAAAGUUCCAGGAAGCAACUGAUGCAGAGAAGAAGGUCAUGGAGCUAGAGAAGGAAAUUUUAGAUGCCAAAGAAAAAACUCAGUUCUACCAUGCAAAGAUGCAAGAAAUAAUUCUAUACAAAAGCCGAUGUGAUAAUAGACUAAAUGAGAUCAGCGCAAGAACUUCUGCUGACAAAAAAGAGGUCGAAUUACUGUCUAAAAAAUAUGAAGAGAAAUACAAGCAAACUGGAGAUGUUGCUUCUAAACUGACAAUUGAGGAGUCCACGUUUCGGGAUAUUCAAGAGAAAAAAAUGGAUCUGUAUAGAACAAUUGUCAAAAUAGAUCAAGAUGGUAAAACUGAUGCUAUCCAGGACUGUGCUAAUCAGAUACAGGCAGAUCUCGAGGGGCUAGUAAAAAUUUUGAAUGAACGCUGCAAAACUUAUGGGUUACGGGCCAAACCAACUACUCUGCUUGAGCUUCCAUUUGGUUGGCAACCUGGCAUUCAAGAGGGGGCAGCAGACUGGGAUGGAGAGUGGGAUAAAUUUGACAAUGAAGAAUUCACCUUUGUGAAAGAGCUCACCCUUGAAGUACAAAAUGUCAUUGCCCCUCCUAAACCAAAAUCUUCACUGGUUCGGGAAAAAGCAUCUUCUUUGAAUGACCAUGCUGCUGGAAAAUCAUCUGCUGAUGCCAGCACUGAUGCAAAGUCAGAUAAGUUGCCAAGCCCUGUAAGAGACAGAGCAAUGAGUGAUGGGGAGACUGCCCAUACAGCUAGAAGUUCAACUAAAAAUCCAACCAGGAGUAAUGCAGUUGAAAGUCCGUCAAAAGAAUUUGAAGAAUCAAUUAAUAGGAAGGAGACUACUUUUGAUGGUUCUCCCCGUGCUGCCCAAAGUGAACAAUGGGGAGCUGAAUCUGCGUUCUCUGGGGACAAAAGUUUUGAUGAAUCUGGUUGGGGUACAUUUGAUACAGACCAUGAUGCAAAUGCUGUGUGGGACAUCAGUUCUGCUGCUAAGGAUUCUCGUGAUGAGAAGCACAAGGAAACUUCUCUUUUUGAUGAUGACGACUGGGACCUAAGGCCUAUCAAAACAGGCUCCACAAAUUCCAGCAACUCGCUCCCAAAACAAGCCCCAUUUUUCGAUUCUGUUCCUAGCACACCUAGCUACAAUACUGGGUUCAGUUAUUCAGAGAACCAGUUUCCAAAGCAAAGCCCAUUCUUUGAUUCUGUUCCAAGCACACCAAGUUACAACUCUGGAUUCCCACAGGGAGACAACUUAUUCUCUAGGCAAAGUCCCUUCUUUGAUUCUGUUCCCAGCACACCAGCCUAUAACGCAGGUGGCUCCCCAGUUGCUGAUAACAUGUUCCAGAAAAAGAGUCCAUUUGCCUUUGCGGACUCGGUUCCAAGCACACCUAUGUCUGAAGAGCACUUGAACAGCUUUUCCAGAUAUGAUUCCUUCAACAUGCACGAUGGUGGCCUCUUUGGUAGUCGUGAGUUUUCAAGAUUUGAUUCCAUGCGCAGCACCAGAGACUCUGAAUAUGAUAGUGGUUCAUUCCAGCAGCGUGACUCCUUUGCUAGAUUUGAUUCAUUCCGCAGCACAGCAGACUCUGAUUAUAAUUUUGGAGCCUUUCCAGCUCGCGAGUCACUAUCAAGGUUUGAUUCCAUCCGCAGCACCAAGGGCACAGAUUAUGGUCAUGGUUUCCCAUCUUUUGAUGAUACGGGUCCAUUUGGGUCUCAUGAACCAUUUAACACAUCAGCGGAGAGUCAGACUCCAAAGAGAGAUUCUGAUAAUUGGAAAGCGUUUUAAUAUGGUCAUGGAUUCGCUUAAUCUGCGUACGGUCUCUUUUUUUCUCUUUUCCCUUCCAUUUUAAACUGUUUUUGGCCAGUUUUUUCGGUUGUAGGGAUAGUGAAUUGGUUUGAUUAGAUAGUCUUCUGCGUGGCACGAGGUAGGUAACAUUAUUAUAAGUUGUAUUCUCAGUAUUAUUUCAUUAUUGAAUGUAUAAAACUUGUAAAAUGGUCUUUUCGUUUUUUUUUUUCUGUUAAUUGCUAUUUGAGAGUUGAUUUA